UGCCUGCCCAAUCUUUCUCAAUAUGAGAGUGGCCCGUGCCGAAGGCGGGCAGCCGCUAGCUGGACCCUCAUUGGUCUGGGUAGCAUCAUGCCGUUAACGUGGAUCGAAUCCGCUGAAUUGUCCAUUCUCCAUCGCCGUCGUGUUCGUGGCCAUCAUCAUCGUGAUUUGGCCUUGGCUUUAGCCCCACCACGUCUUCCUUCAAAUCCAUCGAGUCCUAGGUCCCCAGGUCGCGGCAUGCUGCACGAGUUGCUCCUGGCCUUGUCCGGCAUCCCGGGCCAGUCUUUACCACCUUCCAAGGAGAAGCUGGAGUGGGCGGAGCCACCAAUGCUGCCCAUGGCUACAAAAUUCAGGUCAAUGAAGCUUUGGGCUUGUUCCAUCGGCCGAAUUGAGCGUCCUCAAUGGGCUACUUAACUUGGCCCGCGGAAUUGCGUACCAUUCAAGAGUUCAUUCACCAACAUCGCGAUCAGGCUUCCGCUCCGGCUGGCCCCGCCCUCCCAUCUUGGUCCCUCCGGCCCAGGCCUCGGCGUCUCGCCGCGUUCGCCCGGGAUUGUAUAUUGAGGCCUUGUGUCAAGGUCUCGAGCGUGUCUUGUUGCCCUAUCGUCGAACACUGAUUGGGAUAGAGAGCCGGAUUUUGUCCCAAGUGACGUUCAGCUGUCUCACAUCCACAAUGAGAUGAGUCUCACC